UACGAGGGUGAGUACAACGCAGGUCUGGCCGAGGGCCGCGGCGUCAUGAGAUACGCUGACGGCGACUCCUACGAGGGCGAGUGGAAGGCGGGCCUGAAAAAUGGGCAAGGCGUUUACCGGUCCGCCAACGGGGACGUCUUCGAUGGCGAGUGGAAGGCGGAUAUGAUGGAGGGGCAAGGCAUUUUCCGGUUUGCCAACGGCGACGUUGACUCGAACUCCUACCAUCAGAAUGAAAUCGCGGGGGAGCGGGAGGGGCGCGGCGUCAUGCGGUACGCCGAUGGCGGCGUUUACGACGGCGAGUGGAAGGCGGGUAAGCAGGACGGGCGCGGCGUCUUCCGAUACGCCCACUUCGACGUCUACGAGGGCGAGUGGAAGUCGAGCUUGAAGGAGGGUCGCGGCAUUUACCGGCUUGCCAACGGCGAUGUCUACGACGGCGAGUGGAAGGCGGGCAAGCAGGAGGGGCGCGGCGUCUACCGGUACGCAAACGACCGCGUGGAGUCGGGCUCCUACAAGCAGGGCGCUGACGUCGGCGAGGGU